GUCGAAGCGGAGCGUGCGAAUCGCGAGGAGGAAAAUCUCACUUAUGAUCUACGAGGGUAAGGGAGUAGAGAGCGAUAUCUCUCGGGGGCCAACGAGGUCACGUGACCCGUGUGUUUACCAAAAUGGUGAACGUCCGUGCGCUACGGACGACUCUACGCGAUCCCGUCUGUCCCGCACAGAAACGGCCGCGCGACGCUCGAACGUGUAAAUAGGCUCCCCCCCGAGAUCAGCUGUUUCGACUGUGUAUGUCAGUGCACGCCUCGUCUCGACGCGUGUACCUCGCGGUCCUGCCUACGGCGUCGCGUCCCGGGCGAGUCGACGUUUCGCGCGUUGUCCCCGUUUUUUCCUUGCGUCCAUCGUUCACGCGUCCUCCCCGUCUUCCGUGACGUAUCUUGGACGCGAUCGCGGGAUAUGCCACACGACCCGACACGACGACGGUCACGGUACGACGAUCGCCUCCUGCUCAUCGCGUGCGAUCCCAUUGCGAUUUUACGACCGCGCUACAACGGUAUUCGUAGAUAGACUGUUUCACGCGAGCCCGAAUACUCGCGAAACCAUGUCAUUCGAUUUCGUUUCGUCGCGCGCCGACCUCCCAUCCGCGAUACUGUCAACGCUGUCAAACUCAUCGUAGGAUUCUCUCUCUGUUUCCUUAUAUUGCACCGCAUCAAGAGGGUGACCCGAAGCUUCCAAAGGCCUAAUUCCAUUUGCCAAUAAUGCUGAGUUCGAGGAACCCUACUAGCAGAUGAUCUCUGAUAUAGUUUAGUGCGAAUGAGAAGCACUUUGACAAAAGACAUCUAAAUGUCCGGAGGUGUCUUUGCAUAGCGCCGAGUGCUGCAGGGCCAGGCAUUCUUAAACAUGGCCACGUAUCAAGUCGACUACCAAUGGGCUUAUUCCAUAAUGGAUUCAUCUAGGAUAUCCACUUUUCUAAUAUCAAUCCUACUGAUAGUCUACGGUAGUUUCCGAUCUCUGAACAUGGAACAAGAGGCGAGGGAAAGACAAAAGGAGAAGGAACGUAGCAAUUUAUUGACUGGAAUUACGAGCAACAGCAACGCCGGCAAUGCGGACGGUGCUAACGGAGGAAGAGUUCAAACUCUGGAUACGAUGCAUGCUCUCUGUCUACCUCUCUGUGCUUCCAUUUCUCUACUCGUCAUGUUCUUCUUUUUCGACAGUAUGCAGAUGCUUCUCGCAAUUUGUACAGCCAUUAUAGCCACAGUUGCAUUGGCAUUUCUUUUAUUACCCAUGUGUCAGUACAUCAUCAGACCAUGUUCCGAUGGUAAUAAAAUAUCCUUUGGUGUUUGUGGGAGAUUUACGGGCGCGGAACUGCUGUCGUUUUCGCUCAGUGUGAGUAUAGUAUGCAUCUGGGUCUUGACCGGACAUUGGCUGCUGAUGGAUGCAAUGGGCAUGGGCCUGUGUGUAGCAUUUAUCGCAUUUGUUCGACUACCUAGUCUCAAGGUAUCCACGUUGUUAUUAACCGGGCUGCUGAUCUACGAUGUCUUUUGGGUUUUCUUUUCAUCCUACAUAUUCAGCACAAACGUAAUGGUUAAGGUGGCAACUAGGCCUGCAGAUAAUCCAGUAAGUCUCGUGGCUAGAAGAUUACAUUUGGGCGGCGUGGCGAGAGCCGCGCCAAAACUACCUUUACCCGGAAAACUGGUUUUUCCGUCGAUGCAUCAAGCUGGACAUUUCUCGAUGCUGGGCCUCGGCGACGUUGUUAUGCCGGGUCUUUUACUCUGUUUUGUCCUGCGAUAUGAUGCGUACAAGAAGACUCAGUUAUUGCCUGGUGGCUGUGAAACUGGGGUACCACCGCCGCGCCACUUCAGCCGGAUUAGCUACUUUCAUUGCUCUUUGAUCGGUUAUUUUCUUGGUCUACUUACCGCCACUGUAAGCUCGGAGGUGUUCAAAGCUGCGCAGCCUGCCUUAUUGUACCUUGUGCCCUUCACUUUGUUGCCAUUGCUCACAAUGGCAUAUCUGAAGGGAGAUUUGCGUCGAAUGUGGAGUGAACCAUUCAUAUCUCAACAACCUUCUAAACAUAUGGACGUUUGACAAGAGUGAUGGCUUUCUGUAUAUUGCACUGUAUUGGAGGCAAAAUUCUUGCAUGAAAUUCACUACCACAUAAUUUCACAUCCUUAUUUUCACCAAUGUCAUUUAAUGUAAGUAAGUUUUUUUCUAUACACACAUGCGCGCGUGCGCGCGCAAUAUACGUUUACUUUCUUUUUAAAGUCAAUACGGAGGACAAUUCAGAUUUAAGGUCAAUGCAAUUCAUUGCGAUCUUAUUUAGUGUAAAAAUACAUAUAUUGCAUAAAUAAUUUAUAAAUGUAACAUAAUGUCACACGAGUAUAAUGUUAGCGCUGCAAACAACUUUUUACCGAAACAAUAGAGGUCGAAGAAUCCUCUCAGAAUAUUUCUGGAAUGCCAAAUGACACAUAUAUUAUUGGCAUUCUUUCUGUGUCUUAAAUUGAUGUUGAGUAUAUGGAUAGAUAUUGUGCAUAUAAUAGAUAAUGCAAUCAAUAUUAUUGUCAUUUCAAGCUACUACAUAAUAGCUAAAAACUAUGUAUCAUGUGAUUGAUUUUACAAGUGAAAAAUGGUCUUUUAUUUUUACUAUUAUUAUAACAAUUAAUAGAUUCUCGAGGUAUUUACUUUCAAUCAAACAAAAAGUAUUGAACAGCUAUAAAUAACUCUUGUAAAAUUCAGUUACAAAUGGUUACAAUGGUUAAAAUUCAUUGCAGAAUAUCAUUUUGAUUCAUUAUACUCAAUUGGUAUCAAAUUACUUGCAAAUAUGUAUAGCUAUGUGAAUAGAAUAAUUUAUGAACUAUUUGUGAACAUUUGGAUAAGAAUCCAAUACACAUAUACAUGUAGGUUGUGACUUGGUUUAAAGUUGGUUUAAAGUUGAUUGAGCAAAGUAAUAAUGCUAAAAAUAAUUAUGUAUAUAUUUAUUACAUCAUUUUUAUAAACAUAUAGGCACGAAUUUGCGAUUUGCAGUAAUCAAUAGCACGCUUUUCGAUACUGUUUUGUUUUGCUAUCUAUUUGUUGAUCAAACUUUUUUUAUUUCGGAGGAGAUUAGUUCAUUGUCAUUCUCAACGUGUAAGUAGGAUGUAAUAUGAAACUGUGCAUUGUUAAAGAUAAUUACAGGAAGGUUUGUUUAAACAAAAAGGCUUUCUAAACGAGCUCUUGCUAUGGAUAGGCUGUCGAAAAGACUUUAUAUGUUUAUUUAAGGACAAGACUGAAGAUAAUAUGUACGAAAGCCAAUUUAUUAAGUGAUUUCUCUGAAAGAUAAAUAAUUUUUUCCAUUCUACCUUUCUCUUGGAUCAAUUUAUAGUAUCUUAGAUUAAAUGAAAUAAUAUAAUAUAUUCUAAUAUAAUAAUAUUAUAUUGUCUAAGGAAGGUAGAAUAAUAUAUGCUCUUUCAUAUUGUCCCUUGCUUUAAAAUAAGUUAUGUAAAAUAUUCAUAGUCACAAAUCAACUAGAUAUUUAAUAAUGAUGUGAAUUUAAUUUUAUUUUUAUAUCUCAUUGUAUUUAGCAAAUUAGUAUACGCAUACACAUUAUACAUACAUACACACAUACAUACAUAUAGUACACACACACACAACAGAUUAAUAAUUUGCUAAAUAUGAUAAUAUAUGUAAAAACGAAAUUGCACAUAUAUACACACACACACACACACAUCAAAAUAAUAGUUUAAAAUUUAUAAGUUCCUUAAAUAUAUAAAAAUUAUAUUAUUAUAAAAUUUUGGAAAGGUCUUCUCCAAUCUUCAGAAAUCUGCGAUAAAAAAAAUAUAUUAGUGAGAGUGAUCGGAACAAAUUUUAUCUGUUUGCUCCUACAGUAAUAUAGAAAAAACUAAGUUUUAUUUCAAUUACAUCUUAGCUUAAGUCUUAAAGAAGGCGUUUUCAACACCAUUGAAUAACAUUUCGUUAAUUUUGUAAAAAUGUUUUUAAUUUUUAUCAUUCUUUAUUUGUCUACCUGUCCAUAGCACAAGCAAUUUAUUCUCCAUUGUUAUCUCAUAUUGAUAUACAAAUGUGUAUAUCAAAUAAAUCAUUUUUGACAUUUUAUUAUAAUCACGUGUGUGUGUGUGUGUGUGUGUGUGCGCGUGCGCGCGCGCGCGCGUGCGUGUGCGUGCGUGUGUGUGUGUGUGUGUGUUUAUAAUAAAAUGUCACACACACACACACACACACAAUAAGUAAUAAUAUAUUUUGAUUACUUUUGUUAUUCGAUUAAAAAACUCAUAAAGACGCUUUUGUAAAAUGGUAUAUUUUAUAUAUAUUUUAUUAUAUUUUAAAAAACAUUUAGCUGUGUUCAGAUCAUCAGUUUGUCGACAGUAUGUGAUUUUUUUUUAACAAAUUACGUACACUAUAAUAUAACGUUUAUAGUUCUGUAAUGUAUGUUAAAAUUUUUUCUUCCAAUGUACAUAUGAAUAACCUCGACAGAGAAGGCGCAGACUUAGCAACAAUUGCGUCGUGCCCCCAUGAAGAGAUUUUAUUUGUUAAGCAAAUUAAUCGAAUGCAAUGAAUUUUUUUAGUACGAUAUAGAGUGUAUCUUUAAGAAAGCGUUCAAGUUUUCAAAUGUAGAUUAAUGCAAUACAAUUUAUAAUUUAUACAACAGGAUCAUAAUACUUUUUAGUUAUACUAAAAUAAUUCUAUUUCUCGAUUCGUUUUCACAACGAGACUCCUUCUUCAAACGAUAUAAAUGUUUUUGUACAAAAGAAAUUAAGGCAUAAUACUAUAGAAGGUGUUUAUAGUAAGAUUGCAACUUAGUUUAUGGUAAGAAUGAGAGGUAAAUUAAUUGUGUAUACCUUCAUUUUUGUUUCAAUAUAUGUAACAAAUCACAUUUUGUUGUAUAUUUCCUAAAGUCUGAUGAUUUAUUUAUUGACUAGGAUUGUACAAGUACUAAAAAAAUGCUCAUUAUGUAAAUUUCAGGAAGUGUAUAUAAAACGAAUACUUACAACUGUCAUUCAUUUUUUCCACAAACUAAGUGACGAGAUUAAAAAAAAAUACUAUAUAUUAAUAACAUGACAUAUUAUGAUAGAAACAAAAUGAUCAAUGAACAGAUUUAAAUAAAAAUCAAGAGUUAAACCGUAUAUACACAGAAUAUUAUUAAAAAUGCUGGAUAUAUAUUAUAGGUAACAUAUUAAAAAAAAAGCACUUGCUUGUACUGUUGCAAUUCUUGACUUGCAUGUGUACAGCUAUGUACAUUUUUUAUAUAUAAUAAAACUUGACCAUUUUCGUAUGUGGUCGCGUUUGAAAAGUAAAAGUUAUUGAUAAC